AUGGCGCCUUCAUCCGCACUCAGCAAGCUCAAGUACGGAGAGCACCAAGCCAAAGGUAAGAAGUUCCAGCAAUGGCUCGCAGGCAAAAAUCUCGAGACAUGCAAAGUCUGUCCCUGCACCCUCAAAUACGACGAGAUCCCGUUUCGAGAAGAUCUCCACAACCAAAUCGCGGACCUCCCCAACGACAUCAUCGACGCAGCCAAACCGUUUGAUCUGCUCAAGAAAAACAACACCUUCAAGAUAACCUUCCACCCCACGGCCCCUCCUACCAGGAAUGUCUGGGAAGGCGUCAUUACCCCCAGCGCCAUCUUCAUCGAAGACUGCCAUCGAGAUAACGGCCCCCACGCGUCCGAAGUCACUCAAGGGAUCUACACAAAGUACCACGCGGUCGAGACCCUGAAGCACAUUUUCUUCAUGAUCAUCGUCAAUGGGGACACCGUGGGCCUGAUCCAGGAGCAGAUCUGGAAAGGUUGGCCGGCUACUAAACCCAAGGAGUGCGAGUGGGAGCACGACACGGACGAGUAUCACGCCGUUAUGGGUACCGAGAUUGGCAAGAUCGCUGCGAGUCUUGUCCUGGGGGCGUUCGAGCCGGGGACGCGGCGGAUUUCCAAAAUUGCUGCGUGGGAAUACUUUGAUACUGCGACCCCGAGCCUGCGGUUUGAUGUGGAGGCCGUGGAGAAGAAAAGUACUGCUAGUGUUGUGCAGAGGAAGCAGAGUAAAGGAGGCCAUCGCUUGCCUAAAUCUCGAACGUGA